CAAGUGAAAUUAUCUUUAUUUGAUUCGUUCGCGCUCAGUUGGUUGUUCGACUAGUUUCAUGUGGACGCAUUUUACCAGAAGCACAUAAUGGAAAAGGAUCCACAGCAACCGACCCAGUACGGCUCUCUGGACCGAACUAAAGUAGACGAAGACGCGUGCAGUAAAGGGGCCGAGAGCGCCGUCUCCAUGGCGGAUUCCUCCGUCACGACGGACGACAUCGAGGGGGAGCUCUACAAGAUCGAGAGGAUACGGGACAUCCUGGUGCGGCGUGAGUCUGAGCUGAGAUACAUGAUGGAUGACAUUCAGCUGUGUAAGGAGAUCACGAGACUCAAGAAGGAUCUGCAGAAGUUAAUCCCAAUCCCUGACAAGGACAAAACGAGUGAGGAUCGACAGAAAGAGGAGGAGUUGCUGCAGCAGAUUCACAAGCUGGUGGAGACACGAGACUUCCUGGUGGACGAUGUGGAGUUUGAGCGACUGAGGGAGAGGGAGGAAGACAAAGAGAUGGCUGACUUCUUGAAGGCGAAAUUCCCCAAGAGCUACAGGAAACGCCAUGCAGCUGAAGACCAAAGAGUGACCCCCAGUGCCCUGCAUCAGCAGGCCUCCUCGCCGCUCUUCACUAAAACAGGGCUCACACUCUUCAAGGAGUGCUGUGGGUUCACCUGCUCCGUCAUGUAGAGCAAGAGAGAGAUGGAGACUAUAGGAGAGUUCAUGAUUGUGAGUGUGUGAGAGAGAGAAGAGAGGGAAAGAUAAGAAAGAUACACUAAUGGUUGCUCAGGCAACUUCAGGAGUAUAAGUGUGUGUGUGUGUGUGUGUGUGUGUGUGUGUGUGUGUGUGUGGUGAGCGUGUGUGUGUGUGUACAAUUUUGUCUGAAGCUAAAAUGAGACACAGUUGUAUAUUGCUACUUACUACAUACUUGGGGUUACGUAUUUAAUGUGUCAACACUCAGUAUACUCAGUAGUUGCUGGACAGCUGAAUGAAUGCAAAGAGCACAUGAAUGCAAAGCUGAUUAUGCAAAGGCAC